AUGUAAAAUAAAUACAAUUUUUUAGGGUUUGUUAAAGAAUAACUCAAAGGAGCUAAAGUUAAACAAACUAAAAUUGAGAAACAUGAUUUUAUGAAAACAUUAAAAAUGAUAGAGGAUUAGUUAUUGUAAUCAAUAAAAAUAGAUAAGAAAGGCAGUUGUGGAGAAAUAUAACUUAAAAAAACAAAUCGAGAAGUGGAAUUAAAAUAAUAAAAACAAAUAAUAUUGCUUCAAUAAAAGCUUUAAUAAGCAUAAAAGGAUUGUUUAGAUUUUAAAGAAUAAAAUCAUUAAAUGUAUACAGACAUGAAAAAAUAAAAACAAAUAAUAAAAUCAUUAGAGAGAGAAAAGCAAUAGUAUUAAAAAGAUAAAGUGGUAUGGGAUAAAAAACUUUAAAAUUAAGAAGAGGUAUAUGCAACAAAUUUAAGAAUGACAGAUGAUGUUAAAAAGGUCUUAAAUAUGAUUAAUGAGGAUAUCGAUAGAGAAGCAGUUGUUAAGGCUAAGAAAAUGAAAUGA